CCCUACUCUAUAGCGAACACGAGUAACCUCAACCGAAAUCGAGAAGCGUGCUUACAUUUUCUCGUUUCGCACGAUUUGAAGGCAGCGCUCGCCAAAUUCCGCGUGAACCCAGAGUGGCGGUGAAUGCCAACAGCCAGAGGACGAACGGGACGCCACUGAGAUGACGAGCGGUACGGUAACGACGGCGGUGGAGGUGCAGCUGCCGCUCAAGGUCGCCCGUCGCAGAAUCGAGCGCGUUGGCUUCGCGUACUUUUCGCAGCGGCGCCAAUUUCUAGCGCCCGGCGGCGUGGAGCGCAGCGACAGCGACGAGAAGCUGGAGGGCGUCGGCGAGGAGGUGGACGUCAGCUACCUGAAGUCGCUGGAUCCCAAGGAGUGGAAGGACCAGGACCACUACGCCAUUCUGGGUCUGGGCAAAAUCCGUUACGAGGCCAGCGAGGAUGAUAUUCGCAGGGCCUACAGACGCAUGGUCCUGCUGCAUCAUCCCGACAAGCGGAAAGCCAAGGGCGAGGAAGUCAUCCAGGACGACGACUAUUUCACAUGCAUAACCAAAGCCUACGAGAUACUGGGCACUUCCAAGCCGCGUCGCAGCUUCGACUCCGUGGACCCCGAGUUCGACGACUCGCUGCCCUCGCAGAACGACAUCGAUGGCGACUACUUUGGCGUCUUCAACAAGCUCUUCACACUCAACGGCCGCUGGAGCGAGAAGCCGCACGUGCCCGCCUUCGGGCAGGUGGACGCCAAGCGCGAGGAGGUGGAGCGCUUCUACAACUUCUGGUACGACUUCAAGUCGUGGCGCGAGUUCAGCUACCUGGACGAGGAGGACAAGGAGAAGGGCCAGGAUCGCGACGAGCGUCGCUGGAUCGAGAAGGAGAACAGGGCGGCGCGGAUCAAGCGCAAGAAGGAGGAGAUGUCGCGCAUCCGGGCGCUCGUCGAUCUGGCCUACAACAAUGACAAGCGCAUUCAGCGCUUCAAGCAGGAGGAGAAGGACCGCAAGGCGGCGGCCAAGCGGGCCAAGAUGGACGCCGCCCAGGCCCAAAAGGCCGAGGCAGAUCGCGCCGUCCGCGAGGCCGCACUGGCCAAGGAGCGGGCCGAAAAGGCCGAGCAGAAACGCAUCGAGCAGAUACGCAUCGAACGCGAGCAGCAGAAGAAGCUGCUCAAGAAGGAGCGCAAGACGCUGCGCGACAAGGUCAAGGACUGCAAGUAUUACGCGAAGAACGACAAGGACCAGCUGAAGCACAUGGAGGGCACCGAGAAGAUUUGCGAGACCUUCAAUCUGUCGGAGCUGCAGGCGCUUAACAAGGCAAUGGAGACCAAGGGCCGCGAGUCGUUUGUGGCGGCCCUGCAGACAGCGGAUCAAAAGAUAGCCGCCGAGCUGGAGGAGAUUAACCAGACGCAGGCCAAGAAGCUGGCCAGCGCAGCAGUUACACCAAAAGGAGGUGUUAAGGAGGUGAAGAAGGGCGAACUCUGGAGCAAUGAGAACGUGCAGCUGCUGAUCAAGGCGGUGAAUCUAUUUCCUGCUGGAACUGCUCAGCGUUGGGAUGUCAUUGCCACGUUUAUCAAUCAGCAUAGCCCGGGGAAUACUGUGCUCGUCAAUGCCCGCGAUGUGCUGAACAAAGCCAAGGCGCUGCAGAACACCGACCACUCGAAGAGCUCGCUGAAGACCCAGGCCAACGAUGCGGCCUUUGCGAGCUUCAAGAAGUCGCAGAAGGACGUGCAGACCUGCAACGACAUAACCCUGGGCGAGGAGACGCCGGCCCAGGCGAGCAAGGAGAACGUGAAGCAGAACGGAGUAGAUCAUAAGGUGAACAAUCAGCCGGCCAAGCAGAAUGGCGCGCCAACAGUUGAUGCGGCUCCAGCAGCGGAAGCCCCUGCUCCUCCGGCCACAAAUGGAACCUCAAGUGGCGGAGGCGGCGGUGGACCCAAAACCUGGACCAAGGAGGAGCAGGCCCUGCUCGAACAGGCCAUCAAAACCUAUCCCACAACGACACCCGAUCGCUGGGAUCGCAUCGCCUCGUGCAUACCGAAUCGCAGUAAAAAGGAUUGCCUGCGCCGCGUCAAGGAGCUGGUCGAGCUGGUCAACUCCAAGAAGGAGGCACAGGCGGCGGUCAAAUGAGGGUUCACCGCCUGCCCACUCCUCGUCCGCCUCGUCCACUUCUAGCUGCUGUGUCCCAUAUAAAUUUUAUUUAAAUAAAACAUAAAAAGUUUUUGAACGUUUAGCGAAAAGUUA